AUGCUAAAUCCUGCUUCCCCGGUCUCCCCGACCUCUCUCGGGAGAAAGCGACCGCACCCCUCUGCUGAUAUCGAACCGUCCCCGCCGCCGCCGCCCCAGCAGCAGCGCGCGCCUCCCCGUCGCGACGGCCUCGCUGCUCUGCCGUCACCCUCUGUCUCCGCAUCCUCCAAUUCCUCUUCCUUCCGGAACGUCUCCGCAUGCAAUCGGUGCCGGCUGCGCAAAAAUCGCUGCGAUCAGCGGCUGCCGCGGUGCCAGUCUUGUGAAAAAGCGGGCGUCCGCUGCGUCGGUUAUGAUCCUAUUACGAAACGAGAGAUCCCUCGCAGUUAUGUCUACUUUCUUGAGGCCCGUGUGGCGUACCUCGAGAGUCUGUUGAUGGAGAACCAUGUUACGUUUAUGGAAGCGGCGCCGUUUGAUGAGGAAGGGGCUGUCAAGGCUGAGACGGGAUAUAACCCCGUCCAGCAGACGGGUGCGUCCAUUGUUACCGACUCGCCCGCGCCGGACGGGACUGAAGGGAAGGUUCCCCGUAUUAAGAGGGAGACAGACGAUCAGGCCGCUGCGAGGCCCGAAGGCGGGACAGAGAACGUGGAGGAUUCGGAGAGCAGCCGCAAUCCCGACAAGGAUGACUCCUGGCGCAUCAACAACCUCGUGUCGAACAUCGGCACGGUAUCCGUGCAGGGCACGUCAGAUCCCCGGUAUCUGGGCUCAACGUCGGGUAUCUCCUUUGCCCGUGUCGUCUUCGCCGCUGUCAAGAGCACCGUCCCCGGGAACCCGGCGGAACGCGGUCCCGCGCGUCCCAGCGAGCGUCUGCCGCACAGCGCGACGGGCACGGGGGGCAGCACCACGCGGGACUCUUUCUUCGGCCUCCAGACGAGACCGAUGAUGAAGUGCGCUGGUUUCCCGGACCGCGAGCUGGCCGAUAAGCUGUCGGGCCUGUACUUCGAACACGCGAAUCCCCAGAUGCCUAUCCUCCACCGGAACGAAUUCGUUGAGAUGAUGGAUCGCACCUACGCGGCCGACGAGAGGAGCCGCUCUCCUCGCAGUCUCUAUAUUCUGAACAUCGUCUUUGCCAUCGGCGCGGGGAUUAUUUUUGAUGAUAAACCGGCCGGCGAUGAGAAGGCUGCAGACCGUGACCAGUCGCCCUCGGCCUCUACGGCCAAGAAACCUCGAUUCUCCAGCCACCAAUACCAACCGGAGGAAUAUCACGCGUCGGCUGUCAUCCACCUUGAGUCCUUCCUGGGCGCGACUUCACCUGGGGGAGACGGGUUCGGCGCGUUGGAGGAACUGCAAGCGGUUCUUCUUCUCGCUAACUUCGCGCUUCUGCGGCCUGUUGCACCGGGUCUGUGGUAUAUCGUUGGGGUGGCCACGCGUUUGGCCGUGGACCUUGGCCUGCACUAUGAGGACGGCGCGGGUAUCGACUCGCCCGGCGACGACAGCUUUGGUCGUGGACCCGGCAAGCCCGAAGACGAGGCUAAAGUUCGGAUCGGUGAGCGCGAGCGCGGCCGGCGGGAAUGGGUCCGCGACCUCCGGCGGCGGCUGUGGUGGUGUGUAUACAGCUUCGACCGCCUUGUCAGCUGCUGCGUCGGUCGUCCGUUCGGUAUCAGCGACCAGGCUAUCAGCACGGAAUUCCCCUCGUUGGUCGAGGACACGUACAUCACCAAGACCGGCAUCACGGAGCCGCCCGAGGGCACCCCGAGCUACAAGUACGCCUCGUACCACUACUUCAAACUGCGGGUUCUGCAGUCCGAAAUCCACGACGUGCUCCAGUAUCAGCAGGCGCGAUUCGCGCGUCAGAGGGUGCCCUACGCGGCCCGGCGAGUCAUGCGCUCUGAUCUGACAUCGCCCUUCCUUCAUGGGUUCGAGUCGUUCCGGUCCUGGCGCAAGGACGUCCACCGCCGACUGGCGGAGUGGAAGCAGUCUGCUCCGACGCGUCGCGACACGGGGGUGCAAUUCUCUGUGGAGUUCCUCGAGCUGAAUUACUGGCAGGCGGUCAUUAUGCUGUAUCAGCAGAGUUUGACGGCGCCGGCGGAGCUCGCUGAUGAGGUGACUCCUGCUGAGGAUGUAUCUAGCCCGUCGUUCUCGAAUGUCGAUGAGGCUGACGAUGAAGAUGAUAUAUACUAUAAGGUUGCGGAGGCGGGUCAGAAGGUCAUUCGUAUAUAUCGCCAGAUGCAUCGGGUGCGUCUGGUGAACUAUACUUAUUUGGCUACGCACCAUAUUUUUAUGGCUGGUAUUUCUUUCUUGUAUGCCCUGUGGCACUCUCCAUUGGUACGGAGUCGCUUGACACUCGAUGAGGUCGACUUCACAGUCCUCGCCGCCACAUCCGUCCUCGGCGAUCUAAUGCACAAGUGCCCACCAGCCGAAGCAUGCCGAGACGCCUUCGAGCGAAUGAGCAAAGCGACCGUCCAAAUGUGCCUCUCGACAACCGGGUUCGGCUCCCAAGUCGACCUAACCCAGUUCCAAGCCGCCGCGAUAGCACCCCAAAACCCAGCUCCGCUAUACGCCGGCCGCCCCCGACAGUACCGCCAGCGCCCAUGGCCUGGUCAAAACCGCCGGCAAACCCAGAUGCGCCAGGCUCGUCCGAUGCCGCGGUUUGAUAUGAAUCUCGGCGAUCUGUUCGGCGAUCAUAACGGGGCUGUUCCCGAGCAGGCGGAUAAGCGGAAGCCCGUGCAAGUACAGCCUUACCCUGAAUCUUCCCCGCCUUUUUCGUCCGACCAGCGGGCGCAAUCUCAUCCUGCGUCUACGUCUCCGGUGGAGUUUUAUGGCUCGUACGAGAAUCCUGCUUCUCCGCAAACCUUGCAGCAACAGCAGCGACAACAACAACAACAACAACCACAACAGCAGCACCAGCAAUACUACUACAGCGGCUCCCCCCAAAGCGUCUCCCCAAACAGCAUCAACACCACCACCACCCCCACAACGCCGCCUUCCCCCCACCCACCGACCAAGGAAACGCAUCCGGAAUCGGCCUCGACUUCCUAG